AUGGUGGAUUCAGGAGUGGUCAAGAUGUUCUUAUGGCUGCUGCUAUGGGGGCUGAUGAAUAUGGCUUUGGUUAACUACUUCCUCUUUGUUGCCGAGGAGGUUCGAGCUGCAUUAGCUCGGUUGGGUUAUGAGAAGCUGGAUGACAUCAUUGGGCGAACAGAUUUGCUUAAACCAAAGCAUGUCUUGUUGGUGAAAACACAGCACAUCGAUCUUGGAUACCUCUUAUCAAAUGCUGGAUUGCCGGAAUGGAGCAGCUCCCAGAUUCGGAGCCACGACGUCCACACUAAUGGCCCUGUUCUUGAUGAGACAAUCCUUGCAGAUCCUGAGAUAGCUGAUGCGAUUGAGAAUGAGAAGGAAGUUUCCAAGGCGUUUCAAAUCUAUAAUGUCGAUAGAGUUGUCUGUGGUCGGGUAGCAGGUGUGUCGGGAGAAGAAUAA